CUUCCGGGUUGUCAAAAUGGAUUCACAUAAUGCCCAGAAAUCGUGGGAACUUGCAAAUAACAUCGAAACAGUUAAUUCUAUCGAUGAUAUCUAUCGAUAUGAUCGUAAACAACAUCAGGACAUCCUUACAGCUAAGCCGUGGGAGAAAGACAACCAUCACUUUAAACAUAUUAAGAUAUCUGCCUUAGCGUUAUUAAAGAUGGUAAUGCAUGCUAGGUCUGGUGGAAAUUUAGAAGUUAUGGGAUUGUUAUUAGGUAAAGUAGAUGGUAAUACUAUGAUAGUUAUGGAUGGUGUAGCUCUGCCAGUUGAAGGUACAGAAACAAGAGUCAAUGCCCAAGCUCAGGCUUAUGAAUAUAUGGCAGCUUACACUGAUGCUGCAAAACAGGUAGGAAGGUUAGAGAAUGCUAUAGGAUGGUAUCACAGUCAUCCUGGUUAUGGUUGCUGGCUGUCUGGUAUAGAUGUCAAUACACAGAUGUUAAAUCAACAAUUUCAAGAACCAUUUGUGGCUAUUGUGAUUGACCCAGUAAGAACUAUAUCAGCUGGUAAAGUUAAUAUUGGAGCUUUUCGAACUUAUCCUAAGGGUUAUAAACCACCAGAUGAAGGUCCAUCUGAAUAUCAAUCCAUUCCUCUCAAUAAAAUAGAAGAUUUUGGUGUCCACUGUAAACAAUAUUAUUCAUUAGAUAUAUCCUAUUUUAAGUCUGCGUUAGAUUGUAAAUUAUUGGAAUCUUUGUGGAAUAAAUAUUGGGUCAAUACACUCAGUUCAUCAAGUUUACUCACAAAUGCUGAGUACACAACACAUCAGAUCUUUGAUUUAGCUGAUAAAUUAGAACAAUCUGAAGCUCAGUUAGGUCGUGGUAGUUUUAUGGUUAUGGGUAUUGAUUCACAAGAAAAGAAAUCUGAAGAUAAAUUACUCAAAGCUAAGAAGGAUGGAUGUAAAACUACAAUAGAAGCUAUACAUGGUUUAAUGUCACAAGUUAUAAAAGAUAGAUUGUUUAAUCAAGUUCACCUGAAACCUUAAUUAUCUGUUGUCAAUGAAAAUGUUUAAUGUAUAUAAAAGUGCUAUAUAAAAAUCUUUUUGAGGUU